AUGUCCGCCGCAGGGGGCGCCCGGCUCCUGCGCGCCGCCUCCGCGAGCCUGGGCGGCGCGGCCCGUCGGAGCUGGCUCCUCUUCGGCCGCGCGGGGAGCCGGGGCCGGGCGGGGAGCGCCGAGCCGGGCCUGGGCGCCUCGCGGGCGCUGAGCUUGUCGGCGCGGGCGCGGAGCAGCUCAGAAGAUAAAAUAACUGUCCACUUUAUAAAUCGCGAUGGUGAGACAUUAACAGCCAAAGGCAACGUUGGUGACUCCCUGCUAGAUGUUGUGAUUGAAAAUAAUCUAGAUAUCGAUGGUUUUGGUGCAUGUGAGGGAACCCUGGCUUGCUCCACGUGUCACCUCAUCUUUGAAAAGCACAUAUAUGAGAAGUUGGAAGCAGUCACUGAUGAGGAGAAUGACAUGCUUGAUCUGGCUUAUGGACUAACGGAUAGAUCCCGGUUGGGCUGCCAAGUCUGCUUGACAAAGUCCAUGAACAAUAUGACUGUCCGAGUGCCUGAAGCCGUCGCUGAUGCCAGACAGUCCGUUGACAUGGGCAAGAACUCCUCUAAGCUAGAAUAAAUAGGAAUAUUUUCACGGAAUUUUACCUAUUUUUAUAAUUCUUAUUUCCUAAUAUUAUUAAAGAAUCUGGAUGAAUGGGUUUAUUAUUGUGACUAGCUUUACUACAUUAAAUCACUUUAUGUAACUACUAGAUUUAUAGUCCUGAAUGUAUGUAAUCUUCAAAAAUCAUGAAAUAUGAGAAAAUAGUUAAAUCUAAUAAAACCUUACAUAUUUUGCCUUAUGUCUCUUUAGCGGCUUCCUAGAAUGUUUUCACAUAAAUCUUGAGCCUACUUAUGUAGAAGGUAGGUUAAAAAAGGUAUUCAUAAGCAUGUUAAGUGUGGGUGAAGACAGAGCUGCAGUGGCUGGUCUGGAGCUGCACAGCAAGCUGGACGUCUGUGCUGGAAAUGCAGCGCGUUACCGUAAGUUACGCGUUCAGAUUGAAACUGGGGAAAUGGCGAGUAUCUUCUUACAGCAGUAAUUAAAUGUGAAUGCGUGUGGACAGAAUUACUUAAUUCUCAGUUAAACUGCUUAAUUUCAAAAACAGUUAUUACCUUGUCAAUAAACAUUUCAAAAUUUUA